AUGCUUUUCCAGAACCGAGAGAAGGAGUACCAGGAGACCAUGGGGCAAAUAGAGGUAAGAGACCAAGCGAAGAGAGGUCAAGGUUCAUGUGUGCGACUCACUCUCCUGUGUGUUAGUCAUCAAUUAUUACUGCAGAGGGUUUGGCUGCAGUCCGUCUUUGCCCCUUAAUCUCUGCUUCUCCUUUCAAUCCCUCUCUCUGACUCACCCUCUCACAUCUCCUCCCACUCUUUUGCUCUUACUCUCUUACAUCAUUCACUUCUCUCACCCUCCUUUUGACUCCUCCUCUCUCCCACAUCUUGGAUUCUCUUUCUCUCCUCAGUAUGAGUUGGCUACAGCUAAGAGUGAUAUGAACCGUCACCUAAAGGAGUACAUGGAGAUGUGUUCUAUGAAGAGAGGCCUGGAUGUGCAGAUGGAGACCUGCAGGAGACUCAUCAAGGGCUCAGGGGGCACCGGCAGGUCAGAUACACCUCUUUCUCCACACAUGGCACAUGGCAAACAAUGGCAUUUCAAUGUCAUUGUGCAUUGUUCCACUGAGACUUGUCUUGAGAAAGGCCUCGCUACACAGUAGGCAUAAUCACACAGAUAUCAAUCACACAGAUAUCAAUCACACAGAUAUCAAUCACACAGAUAUCAAUCACACAGAUAUCAAUGACUGACAUCUGUCCUUGUUUCCCCUCUCUCUGGUGCAGGAACUCUCCAUCGUUCAGCUCGGUAGCAAGCAGUGACUCAGGGAACAGUGAUGAGAUCCAGGAGGAGCUGGAGAAGGACGGAGAGGCAGUAGGAGGGGUCAGCUGA